UUGCAGAGGAUACGACGUGAAAUCAGAACUUGCGCAAGACUUAAGCAUGACAAUAUUCUGCCUGUGUAUGGCUACACGCAUGGCUUCGGCCUGUUCAUGGCAAUGGUCAGCCCCUGGGCAGAUAAUGGUAAUCUGACAACCUAUCUGGAGCGGCAAGAUGCACAUCUUACUAUGGUCAGACGAUUCCAGAUUCUCGGAGAUAUUACGAAUGGCCUGCAAUAUCUUCACGCAAAUAAUGUCAUUCACGGUGACUUAACUGGGCCGAAUGUGCUUAUUCAUGGUGACGGCACAGCUUGCCUCGCUGACUUCGGUUUGUCCCUGGUAUACUCUGAAGCCAUGAGUACCUCCCUGGCUUCCUGGUCCUCGGCGUUCCACGGAAACUUUCGAUGGCUGGCUCCCGAGCUACUCGGGGAACCAGAUAAUGAAUUGCCAACACGGCCAAGCAAAUACAGCGACAUCUACUCCUUUGGUGGUAUCAUGCUACAUGUAUGUCUAGGAAAUCUUCGUCCUCCCACUGACGUCAUUACGCCCUACUAUUACCUACGAGAUGCUGCAGUCAUUCAACGCAUAGGCAUCGGGGCCAAGCCUUUACGAUCACGCUAUCCUGUGUUAUCUGACGAGUAUUGGACUUUGAUUGAGGAAUGUUGGUCAACUGCAAUUCAGGAUCGUCCGUCGGCUGAGGGAAUUGCCAGGGUGAUUAGGGAUGAACUGGACUCGCUAUCCCGCUCUUGA